AGCCUUGAAGAUAUGAGGAAUUUAAAUAAUGUGUCUGAAUUCAUCCUCCUGGGACUUACUCAGGAUCAAGAAUUACAGAAAGUCUAUUUUGGUCUGUUUUUGAUCUUCUAUGUGGCAAUUCUGCUGGGGAAUCUACUGAUCAUUGUCACAAUCAAGAGCAGUCACCACCUGACUUCUCCCAUGUAUUUCUUUCUCAGUUACCUUUCCUUCAUAGAUAUCUGUUACUCCUCUGUCACUGCUCCUAGACUGAUAGCUGACUUCCUGGUUAAAAAGAAAACCAUCUCUUUUGUUGGUUGCAUAGCACAGCUCUUUGGGGUUCACUUUUUUGGUUGUACUGAAAUUUUCCUUCUCACGCUGAUGGCAUACGACCGAUACAUUGCGAUCUGCAAGCCUCUCCAUUAUACUGUUAUUAUGAACAAGAGUGUCUGCAGUUGGAUGGUGGUUCUCUCAUGGCUGGGCGGGUUUGUACAUUCAAUGGUACAGACGCUCCUUACUACACAGCUACCUUUCUGUGGUCCUAAUGAAAUUGAUCACUAUUUUUGUGAUGUUCACCCUUUAUUAAAAUUAGCCUGCACUGAUACCUACAUUAUUGGACUUAUUGUCAUU